AUGGCUGAUUUGUAUUUGGAAUAUUAUUUUGAUGAGCAGAGUGGACACCAGGGGGAGGUUGCAAGGGGUUAUGCGGUUGAUUGCAUCCACGCUUAUCACGCCCUUAUCUUUCCUCCAGUAUCUUCAGCUAUUUUGACAUCUCCCCAUGUUUUAUCUUCUGUGAACAAGCAGCAGAUUGACUUUAAGUCUUUCUCCCAUGUCAUCUCACACUAUCUUAGCAUAUCCAUGCUGUCAAUCAUCCAUCAUGCCAUUGCUGAUGGCAUGGCUGUGUCCUCUCCCUCUUCAAAUACACCUCUUAUCAAUCAAUUUUCUACAAGUCGAGCUGUGCUGGAUAAUCUACGCUGUAUUAGUCCCAACAGAUUCAGAGACCUCUGGCUUCUCAUGGGUCCUCAAGCAGUGUUUCAGUCUCGACAACAGGCAGAUGUGGUGGGGGUUCUUAUAACAUGGAUGGUACAUGCCAUUAUUAUGCUGGGUUUGAGAGAGGACAAGAGUUUAUUCUAUCUGCUCCCUGCAGUCUGCUCAGAGGAAGUUGGUCUGAUGUCAAUUGUCAUGCUGCCAGACUUAGAGCACAUUCAGGAACUCAAGGCUCAAUUCAAGAAGAAAGGCCUUUAUGCAGUGAUUUGGUCCUCAGAACUUAAAAAUCAUGAUGUGCAUACUGUAUUGUUUGGUUAUGAGAGCCUGGGGAGUACAAGCUUCUGGACCUUCUUGAAGAAUGCAAAGAGUUAUAUUUUGAGAAUCAUUGUGAGUCACACAGAAUACACUUUUCAAUAUUGGGAAUAUCAGUGUACAAUAGCUCAUUUUGAAUGCCUGCAACAACUCAGAUUGCCCAUUAUCCUGCUCACUUAUGCCAUGGCCAUAACAGCUGCCCCAAAACUUCUCAAAUACUUCAAAAUGAAUCCCCUGGUGGCCCAGCUCCAUUGUGGUCGCAUGGAUCUUUGGAAUAUCUAUUUUUCUGCUUUUGAGGCCCUACUGAGUAACAAUCUUGUCGGCCUGUUGUCGGCCUGUCUCAAUAAGAGCCUUCAGGAUCUUACGACAGAGACAGAGCUAAUUCUGGUUAUAUGCCCCAGUGAAGGUGAAGCGAACCAAAUUGUGGCAUUGUUUUCUAAGGAUGUCUUCCAUGCCCACUUGGCUCAGGACCACAAGGCUGCAAUACUUCAAGAAUGGAGGACAUUACACAGUGCCCAUCAUAUUUUCUUCUCUUCUGCAGCCCUUCUGCUAAACCUUAAUGCCACACAAAUCCGGGUGGUGAUCUACUACAGCGAACCAUCCAACUUCAUCUACUAUGCUGAUGCACUGUCUUUGCUGCUUAGCGAUGAUAGGCACAGUUACAGCUUUAUCUUUUUUACUUCAGAACCUCAGCUAACAGCUUGGGAUGGUGACGAGCCUGAGGCUCCACUAAUGGGUUCCGGCGAGUGGCUGCUGUUACAAGAACAUCUAGAUGCUUGGGCCCCUACCAUUUUUCUCCUUAUUCCCCUCAUCUCAGCCCUUGCAUCACACCCUUACCUGGACCUUGCUCUUAUUAUCCUCAUCACCCUUGCAUUUCCCUUCGCUCUCUACCUAUUGCUACAGCAGAGCCAGUACAUCUGGCCAAACCCUUUCUCUGAUGAUGCAUACCCAUGCUCUGUUUCACCCAAUGACUGA